UGCAGUUUCAACAGAACUUGAUUCAAAAUGAAAGUGUUUUUUGUUUCGUUGUUUGUUGCCACUUUGGCAUUGGCAAGUUUUGCCAACGUUAUUCCAUCAAAUGAAGAGAAUCUCUUGGAUGAAUCAUUUGUAUCUCUUGCAAAAGCUAAUGUAACUUCAGUUCAAAAUGCAACUACUCUGGAUUUGGGUGAAGCUAUGACCGAACUUUUAAUUUCAGUCAAGAACGCCAUACCUUGUGGUAAUGCUUCCCUUGGUAUUCCUCCAAUGUCACCCUACCGUAUACCUUCUCUCAACGUUAACUUCACUGGCGAACAUUUAUCCUUAAAGGGUACCAUUGAUAACUUGGUCAUAUCCGGAAUGGACGAUUUCCUUAUUAUCCAACUUGCCACUAAUAAGACCAACAAUCGUACCGAAGUUGACAUUCUCUACAAGGGUAUUCAUAUUUUGGGUAAAUUCAACCUUCAUGUGGAAGCCAAUCUUUCUGGAUUCAAAUAUGUUCAACCACUCAAGGGAUUCAUCAAUUUCCAAAUAUUGAACAUGCGUGACGCACUAGGAUUUACCAUGGGCCAAAACGAAGCUGGUGGAAUACAUAUUUCAAACAUGGAAUAUUCUUCACAAGUUGGAGACAUUCAAGUUAACAGCUUAAACACAGAAUGGAGUGUUGCCGUAAAUAAUUUUGCUAACCAAUACAUUCGUGACGCUUCGUUGUUAUUCCUUCAAACUAACAGAGAAUUCAUUGGCAAGAUGUACUCGGAAUAUGUUACUAUGAUGCUCAACAACUCAUUGAAAAAUGUUCCAUACAGUUCUUUGGUUCCAUCUAUUGCAAGUGCUACUCAACUUUUCAAAUCUAUGCGUUGUUAA